AUGCAGAUCAUCUCUGUCGCCGCUAUCCUUGCCGUUGCUGGCAGCGCUAUCGCUAUGCCAGCCCCGGGCCCGGCCCCCACAGCUCCAGCAGUUCUUGAGGCCCGUAGCGCCGCUCCUUGUCAUAAGGAUUUUACCAUCACCCAGAGGGGCCCAGUUUUUGACUUUGCGGGCUUCGGCCGUGGAGUUACCACUACAUACGAAAGUACAGCAACCGCCACCAGCACUGUCGAAGCCGACUGCAAUAAAUGCGCGUUGCGCGUUACCGUUGAGAUGCGAGAGUUCCGAUUCUUUGGCGGUUCUGCACCACUUUUCACUGUCCACAAGGCCACCAAAACUGAGAAGGCUAAGGUCACAACUGAAGCCCUCUACGUCUGCAAGACAAACGCGGGUGCCCCAGCAAAGGCUGCGACGACGGCUUUCGCCCGUCCAAAGAGGGAAGACAAGGGGCCAAGAAAGGGGGGUGAGAAGAAGGAGGGUGAGAAGAAGGAGGGUGAGAAGAAGGAGGGUGAGAAGAAGGAAGGUGAGAAGAAGGAAGAGAAGAAGGAAGAGAAGAAGGAGGAGAAGAAGGAAGAGAAGAAGGAAGAGAAGAAGGAAGAGAAGAAAGCCGAAAAGCGAGACGAGCAUGAGAAUGCCGAGUAA